UAUAAAUAGGGCCAUGUUCAAUUCAACAACGCUGCACAUCAAUAACAUGAUUGAGAAACAUUGUCUGAUCCUGGCGUUUGUUUGGACGUUGUUUCAAUUGUCCUACGUCCUGAGCAAGGAAAUAUCUCCGGCUGAAAGAGAUGAAUUGAACAUGAAGAUCAAGCAUUACAGUGGACUCUAUGGCCUUUACAAGACUUCUGAAUGCAUUGCAUUAUUGACAGUCAAAGAACCGGAAAUCAAAUGGACUGUGAAGGAUUUUCACGAUGUUAUACGCGACAGCAAGUAUCAGAUAUUUGCGAACACUACCGUGGAUUUCCUGAGCGAAUUGAAAGGCGAAUCGAAUUGGAAGAAUGAAAGGCAAAUACGUUUGCUGUAUAGUGAAUAUAUCGGUUACUUGCAACGAUAUGAAAAGUCACACAAUAGUACAGUAUUUGAAAAUAUUGGGAAGAAAAUGGGGAAGAGGAAAGUGAACGUAAUCGUACCUGCAGUGUUUGACCACUUGAUAAAAACUCUUCGCGAUGCAUGGACUGCUAGAAAGGAUCUGUACAAGACAGCAGCUGUGUACUCCAAAACCGAAAAUAUGCCUAUGGAUGACCACAUCCCAUAUGGAAAUGUAAACGUUACCGUAGGAGACUGGGUAAAAAUUUUUGAAAGGGAAUUUGUCAAAUCAAGAGGGAAAGUUGAGCAGGAAUGUUUGCGAAUAUCAGGAAUGCAACCCAAUAUAACUGCUGCCAAAAUAUCAUUGAAGAAAUCAGAUCAGAAAAUUGAAGUAAUGUCUAAAUUCCAUGCUGCUGUUGUUGAAAUGAUUUCUGAAUUGGAAAAGAUUGAGAAGCUAAGAAUUAAGCGGUUUCAGGAACUGAAUCCAUAUGAUAUAGUGGAUACAGCUCUCAAUGCGAUGGUACGAGAGCGUGAUCAUGAAUUCCGGGAAGUGAUUCAGAGGUGAGCAAUAUUUAUGAAACACAGUGGACAUGGAGUGUUCACAAACUCAGAAAAUUUGAUUCUUUUCUCGUGAUGGUGGUGGUGGUGUGUUAUUAAUUAAUUACUAAUUCAUAGUAAUAAAUAUUUUCUCUUUUGUUAAAUAAAUCCUGCUU